AUGUCUGAACCCAAAUCAGUCGCCAUCGUGGGCGCGUACCGCGUAACAGUGUUGGACAGAUACUGUUAUGAUGAGACGCACUAUGAGCCCGACUUGAAUGGAAUUACGCAGGCUGCCUCGGUAGAUCACAACAAGAUCUUUCGAGCUUCUUACGGGAGCAAGCUUCAUUACCAGCGUCUAGCAUUUGAAAGUCGUGCUGCAUGGGAGAAGAUCAACGAGAAAAGGCACCAAGAAGAUCAUGAAUCAGAUCUCUUUAGCGGGAGUGGCAUGCUCCGAGUUCAACCCACCGCCGAACUCGAUCCACUUGAGCGUGAGACGCUGAGCAACUUUGAACGAGACGGCCUCAGAGAUACUCAAUUCGUCAAGAGCGACCCGACUGAUCGAGCUCGAGCAGCUGAGCGUGGAUGGGAAGGAAAGCUUCUGGAUUUCGAAAUUCCACAAGCCUUGCCUACUCAGACUUAUGAGGCUGUUCUUGACUCAACUGCAGGAUUCACAAAAUGCAGCGAAGCCUGUGCCUAUUUCUACAAGUUGGCUCUCAAACAGGGCGUUGAGUUUCACUUUGGCCCCGGGAAAGGUACCUUUGACAGUAUUAUCGAAGAAGUUGACUCACCAUCACACCUGAAGAAGGCACUAUUGCCUGAUUUGUCCUACCACCUUGAGUCGUCUGCAGGAAGCGUAGUCACCUUCAAGGUGGACAAGAACAGCGCAGAUUUGUGGGACAAGUACUCCCCUGAACGCUUCCCGGUCAUCACUUGGAAAAGUGCACCACGCAACCCGAGCGGUAAAGACACCGGCAGUGUUUACGUUUUUCCUCGGACUGCCGAUGGUCUCAUCAAAAUCGGGUUCCGAGGCAUCAAGUUUACCAACUUCCAACAUGCGCCUUCAGAGGCGGACUUCACUCAGGACGGCCAGUGGAGCGUGCCUCUCCCGCCCGGUGAUUGCAGCAUAGUCCCAGACCCUGCGAGGGAGGCCAUUCGAAAGUUCGUCUCCAUCUUCCUCCCGGAGUUCGCCGACAAGGACUUCAAUUCGACUAAGCUAUGCUGCCGACUGCGCAGGGGCUAA